CCCGUGGAUGCUACAGUGCUGCCAGUAGCAGGACGUGUAUUUAAAACACUACACGAAGGUAUCCAAUGCUACAUGAACUACGCCCGAAUCGUUGGGUUUGAUGUUCGUUGCAGCUCCGUGAAGCGCGAUCGAGCCGGAGCAGUCUACUCGCGGUAUUUGGUCUGCACCCGACAAGGGUUCAAGGCGGUGGUAGGAUACAUCGUGUCCACGAAGGGGGUGCAGAUGUUGGAGAUAAGCGGGAGCGCCGCCACCGACUCUCUAAUAGAAUUAAUUGUGGAGCAAGGAUCGGGUUUAAGAAAAAUGGCCCUGGGGAAUUCGUUGUGACCAUUUUCAUUGAGGAACACACCCACAAGCUGUGUUCGGAGUCAUCUAAAGUGUUUAUGCGGAUUAACCGACGACUCAAUGUGGUCCAGCAAACUUUUUUAGGCAAUUGUUUGAAAGCUAACAUUGGUGCUUCAACAGGGCUGCGAUUUUGCAAGGAAGCAACCGGAUCAUAUACAAAUGUCGGUGCAACGGAUGUGGAAUUUCACAAUUUUAAACGAGACGUCCAAUCGUACGUUGACAAAGCCGAUGGCGAGAUGAUUAUAGCAACGUUCAAAGCCAAGAAAGAAGUCUGCACCGAAUUCUUUUUUGAUUACCACCUGGAUGAGGAAAACCGACUAUCACGUCUGUUCUGGGCUGACCCCCUCGGUAGGCGGACAUUCUCUUGCUACGACGAUAAUAUUUCCUUCGACGCAACCUAUGGAACAAACAGGUACAGUAUGGUGUUUGUGCCGUUCACCGGUGUGGACAACCACAAACGAUGCAUCACUUUUGGGGCAGGUUUGCUGACUAAAGAAGACGUUGAGUCAUACAGCUGGCUGUUGGAGAAAUUUUCAUGUGCAAUGGGCAAGAGCCCAUUGUGCGUUGUGACAGACCAAGACCUAGCUAUGCGAAUUGCUAUCCAACAAGUGUUACCAAACUGCCGCCAUCGCUACUGUAUGUGGCACAUCAUGACAAAGGUCAAUGAAAAGCUUGGGAAUGAACUAGCUAAGGACACAGAGUUUCGCAAAAAACUAAACAAUAUCGUAUGGAACGAAGGAAUCUGUCGUGUUGAGUUUGAAGCGCAAUGGCACCUACUAAUGGAUGAAUACAAGCUAUCAAACCAUAGGUGGUUUUGCAAAAUAUAUGGUGAAAGGGAGAGUUGGAUCCCAGCUUUUUUUUUUUUCCAGAUUUGCCCAUGAGUGGGUUGUUGCGAACAACAUCAUGGUCAGAAGCAGAGAACGGUGUAUACGGUAAAUUCUCACGACCCCAUUUUAGUUUGGUAGAGUUCUACAUGCAAUUCGAAAGCGCGUUGGGGACGCAGCGCUACUGGCAAGAUAAAUUGAACGCACAGUGCGAGGGUUACCUGCCGGAGUUUAAAACGCCAUUAGCACU